AUGCAAGAAAUAUCGGUAGCCCAUAUUCAACAUGAUUUUAAAGAAUGCAUUACAGAUGUAGAAGAAGGGAAGUUGCGAGAAGAUGGUUUUUUUAUAAAUGUUGAUUUAUCAGCAGAACAUAUUCAAGAAUAUCAUGUCGAUAUUAAAGCUGGUAAGGAUCCAGAAGUCAGGAUGGUCAGUGAUGCAAAUGCUAAUGACAGGGCAACAUUGGAAAAUUAUUCAUUUAAAAAGAUAAAGUCCAACUUAUUUGAGGCGGAACUUGAAGGAGAUAGUAAGUAUAUGUUUGAAACGAUGAAAGAAGAUUUAACAAGAAGUGAAAAAAUCACAAUGGAAGAAACGAACUGGACAAGCAUUGAUUCGAUUAGUAUACCGAAUAAAAAAUACUGCCUUGGUGAUUCUCAAGGAAAUAUACAUAUCUUAACUGAAAAUUUUGAUUUAAUGAGAACUAUAAAAUCUGCACAUUUGGGAGAAGUGACAGUAUCAUCAUUUUUCCCAUCUGGAGAGGUAAUUUUAUCAGCCUCGACUGAUUUAAGAAUAAAAUUAUGGUCAGUUAAUGAUGGUUUAAAUUUGAGAACAUUAGUGGGGCACACCGCUAAAAUCUCCGCUACAGCAAUGAUUGAUAGAGGACGAAACAUAAUAUCUGGAUCAAAGGACGGUUCCCUGAGGUUAUGGGAAUGUGGCUCUGGGAAGAACAUAAAAACUUUCUCCAGGAAGGAAAAUACCAAAGAUGGGAUAAAUGAUAUCCAUUUACUUGCUAAUUGUAAUGAAAAUGGAGCAACAAAUGCCACUGAAGAAAAUAAUGAACUUGAAUUUGGCACAAGAGGUAAACAAAUAAUUGCAGCUCAUGAAUCAGGAGUGAUCACUAUGCAUCAAAUAUAUAAUAAAAACCAAAUUUUACAGUUACCAAGUAGAUAUAUGAGUGCAUGUAAUUCUCUCACAGCAACUGAUCUAAAUGACAACUAUAUUUAUGGUGGGUAUGACAAUGGGAUAAUUGCUCAAUGGGACAUAAGGCAAGCUGGUAAAUGUGUAAAUGAAUGGGCCAUAAAUGAAGGGUGUCCAAUUAAUGAAAUGUUUUAUGAUAAUAGCCAUAUGUAUGUCUCAUCAGGAAAUGAUACUAGUUUAAAAUUUAGUAUGAAUAAGCACAAUGGUGAGUUUGAUCAUGAAAUACCUACAUUUUUAUGUUCUGAUGAUUAUGGAGUAGCAAACUACUGCAGGUCAUUGAGAAAUGAGUCUGGGGUAGUUGCGGUAGGUAAUCGUGGAUUCAUUGGGCAUUAUUAUUGA